UGUGUCUGGACGGACUUGACCGAAGUACAUGUCGCAGCGAGAGUGACGAGGAAUAUUUGCCCAUCUUUGGAUAUCGAAACCGUGGAUAUUUUUGGAAAUCAUGCAAAAAUCUUGAAAUGAGAGUGUGAAAUGGUAUCACUUCCGAAAGUGCGGAUAACUACCACUGCCCCAUUGAUGAAUACGAGCAGAACGGUUCUCCGGAAGCGCUGCGGCUGCAUUCAUAAACACUUCUUUAGGACUCACAGCAACCCCUGAGCUUUGUUUUGGGGUCACUAAACACAACAUAUUCCCGUUGUGCACGUGGGUUCACCAUGGCUGAAAAGGGUAAAAUGAAUGUAGAGCAUCUCGGCGGAGUUGUCAGGCUCCGAGAGGAACACCAGAAGGUGGUGAAAGACUGUGAAAGUCGGAUUCUGCACUGGAAGAAGGUGUCAGGUGACUAUGAGGCCCUGAAUGACCGCCUUAAAACUCUUCCAGAUCAGCUGUCUUAUGACAUUAUGGUGCCCUUUGGCCCUUUGGCCUUCAUGCCCGGGAAGCUGGUGCACACAAACGAGGUCACGGCAUUGCUCGGUGACAACUGGUUCGCCAAGUGCUCGGCCAAGCAGGCUCAGAAAAUUGUCGACCACAGGAUGAAAUAUGUGAAGAGUGAACUCAAUGAUCUGUCAAAGACGGUGAAAAACUUUGAAGCCAGAGUUGGGCUUGUGAAGGAUUUGGAAACCAUCUCAUCCAAUAAAGGGGACUAUGUUGACAUUAGAGAAGACAUUGGAAACAUUGACAUUGCUGUCACUAAAGGACAGCAAAGAAUGGCUCACAAACUAAAUUCUAAGCCCAAAUUGGAUGCCGUGUUGGAUCUAAAAGAGGAGGAUGAGGAGGAUGAAGAAGAGGGCGGAGAUGGAGGAGAUAGAGGAGAUGGAGGGAGCAGAAAAGGCACCUCGACUGAAGAGGAGUUGUGGGCUAGAUUGGAUGAACUCGAGAAACUGGAGGAGCUACAAGACGAGCAGGACAGAUUGUCUUAUAAUGCGGACAUGACUGGUGAGGACACAUCGUCCUUCUCUUCAGAAGAGGAGAAGGAGGGAGAUGCUGCGCCUCCGGUAAAUGGGCUCAGCCUAAAGCCUAGCCGGACCUCCGCGCCUCACAGCAAAGAGCCUCCGAGCUCAGACAGGAAAGCUGAAGAAGACGACGAGGAAGAGGAAGGCAGCUGUUUGCCUACUAUCUUUUUCUCGCACACAAUCGAACCCAAGAAGGUGAGGAUAAACACAGGAAAAAACACCAUGUUUAAGUUCAGUGAAAGGAAAGAGCAGAAGGAACUCUCGAAGAGGAAAAAGAAAAACGGACACAAUAACGGUCUCUCCCAUCACGAACUUCACAAAAUCACAACACCAGUGGACAUUUACAGGUUGUUUGUUGAUGUGAAGAACGGGGAACCCGUCCCCAGAAAGUCCAUCCUAAAGUCUCGCAGCCGAGAGAACAGCGUGUGCAGCGACACGAGCGAGAGCAGCGCGGCAGACUUCGAGGAGCGCCGGAUGAUCGGACGCAGCUUCAGCCACGAUGAGACCACGCACAGCGACACCAGUGACGGCAUUACGGAGGAGGAGAGUCCCACGGCGGUCCCACUGCACCCCGCCAGCCGAUUUGAGGCCUUUUCAGGCACAGUAGUAGAAAAGGACCCGAUGCCUUCAGCUGUCCCCCAUCUGACCAUCGCUCCACCAGCUCUGCCGACCAUACUGGAGAGGAAACAGGAGGAGGUGCCGCCUGACGUCGCCCCGCCCCAGCAAUCCCCGAAAAGGGUGUCGAAAUUUAAAGCUGCCAGGUUGCAGCAGAUGUGACUGUUAACAAGCAAAAAUAUCUCUAUUUCACAUUAAGUUUUUAAAGCUUUUGUUUCUUUCGUAGAAGCGAUGAAAUGCACAAACCAUCCUCUCCUCUCCUUUCUUUCACGCGUCUCUCACUUCUAUCCAUACAAGGUUACAUUCAUUGACUGUUCAGUGAAUGUACGUUAGCCUUGUAGCCAGCGGUAACCUUGUGUGCAACACUGCUUUUUAACAAGCUCCAAACACUUUUAAAUGCAGUGUCUUUUGCUUAUCCACUCCUACCGUAUAACAAUUUGUCCAUCUCUCUGUGGGGCUUGUUUAAAGCGAUUGCUGUCUGUCGUAUGUUUUAACCUGUUUUCUGCUUUUCUGUUGAUCAAAGUUAUUGCUAGUUUAGGUAAGACUCUUGGGACCAGUUACCUUGUUUUAUUCCUUUUUUCCAAGUAUUGAUCAUUAAACAGAAUCAGGUGCCCACUUGCUCUCAUUUUACCUUCUCUAGACCUGCCUAAUGAAUGUAUGUAUUCCUUUGUGACGAGCUUUAUGUGAAGACAAAAAAAGAAUAUUGAUGUAAACUAAAAGAAAAAUAAAUUUUUUUUGGCUAGAA